AUGUCGGGAUUGGGCUCUGUGGAGCUGAGCUUCGAUAGAGGCCAGGGCCUUGAAGCUUCGACAAGAAGGGCUUCUUUAGGAGAGAAAAGUAGGCUUGGGCCUUUCAAGCUUCGGCAAGGAGGUUUGUGGGCCCUUAGUUCUUACGACCCGGGUCCUGCCGAAUGUGAUGCCAAGGGUGCUGAAGGGAAAAAUCAGCUUGAGGCCUCCAUUUACUUUUGUAUGGGGUUAAGCCCCUGGCCCUUUGGCAUGGCGCCAAUCCGGGCCUCCAAGCCUGCUUGUGGAGCUGAGCCGCAGGACCUUGUUUUUGGGCCAACGUGA